GUCUUGUCCAAUGCUGUGUAAAGUUGCUGGUUGUUGACUCGCCUUGUAUAUUUGCGCGGUCAUUCUUCCAGCCAUGGAAGCAUUAAGCGUGGAAUGCUCGGUUUGUGCAGGCAAAAAUUCUUUUUACAAAUGCCCCAUUUGCAGGGUUCCAUACUGCAGUGCAAAAUGCUGCCAGACACACAAGGAGUCAUGCAUGGUGCCAGAAGCGAAUGAAGUUACAACAGCUGACAAAACUGAUCAGAGGGUGAAAUGGGAUGAGUCAACUGAUCAUAUGGUGACAAGAGAAGCAUUGGGUUGGUUAGGUGAGUCGAGGUCACUACGCCGCCUGCUGGCCAACGAGCACCUGCGCCAGUUGGUGCGGCUGGCGGACACCACGGACGAGCCGGACCGUGUGAUGCGCGAGCUCAUGCUCGAGCCGCUCUUCGUCGAGUUCACCGACGAGUGUCUGCGCGUCGUGGAAGGCGGUCCGGUCUCGUCCGACGAAGACUCGGACUGACCGGGAGCCGGGAGGAUGACCUCGGCACGAACUGGGUCGGCGCGGUGGCGCUGCCGGGUUAUACCGAGAGGCUCGGGACCCGGAAGGGGGAAAGCAGGUCAGGGAACCGCUGGGAAUGGAAACUGUAUGAAGUGAUCGAAUGCAGCACAUGUGUCUGCUGUACCCAGACAUGGGACAAACUUUGAAGAACCUGGUUUCUACAUCCCUGCUUUUGUCUGUUUCAUACAGGGUGUCUACAUCAUGUGCUAUGGACAUAGACAUCUUGAGUUGUCUCAUGCAGUGUAACAAUGCUGUAACCUAUGCAUCUGUCGCGAGGGCACAGGCUCACAAACGCUGGGAAAUGUGAAAACGAAUGUCUGUAUUGCAGAUUCAAAACAAUAACAAAACUGCCAAUAUCAUUAGACAUCAAGCUGGCAAUGUGCAACACAUUACCACCAUGCAUAUCACAAGCUUAUCGACUCAUAGCACGUUUGUACUCGAAUAAAGCACGCGUGGUUCUC